AUGGGAAUUAAAGUUCGUAAGCCUUUUUGCCUUAGCUUCAAGGGAGUUCCUACACCUUUGAAGAUGCUUUGUGACAAUGUUUCAGGUUCCCUCGUGCUUUCCGAUUCUCUCAACAAGUUAAUCAGCCUGGUACGAACCAAAGAGGAUGAAGCACUCCUCAACACCAUGAUCCGGUUUUAUGAUCCUCUACUGCAUUGCUUCACUUAUAGGGACUUUCAAUUGGUUCCUACAUUGGAAGAAGUCUCCUCCAUUUUAGGAUUACCUGUACUCGAUCAGAUGCCUUACACCGGUGAAGAAGAGACUCCUAAGUUGGAAGAUGUUGCUGCUGCGUUGCAUUUGCCUCGAUCAGAAAUCAAGAAGGUUUGGGUGAAUAAAGGAGAAUAUACCGGUUUACCGAUUGACUUCUUGUAUAAUCAAGCUGACAUUUUGAUCAAUGCAACAAGUAUGGAUGCUCUUGAAAAAGUUCUCACUUGCAUAAUCUAUGGACAAGUGUUGUUCCCUCGUUAUGAUAAAAUUGUGGAUGUGAUUGCUCUCAAGAUCUUCAUUAGUAACAAUCCGGUUCCUACUUUAUUGGGUGACUUGCUGCAUUCCAUCAAUCAUCGAUCAUCUAAGGGCAAGGGUUGUAUUCUCGGAUGCGCACCAUUAUUGCAUAAGUGGUUUAUUUCGCACUUAUCCCGUUCUACAAUAAAGAAUGAAGAGGGUUUGACUUGGGCUCAAAGAAUCAUCAAGCUUUCCUACGACAAUGUUAUUUGGAGUCAAAAGGGGUUUGAAGGAUCUCAUUUGUUUGAUAGUUGUGGAGAUUUCCCGAAUGUACCUCUUCUUGACCCUACUGGAAAAAAGAAGUUGUUCAUCAAAGCUUGGACCAAGGUGAAGAAAAUAGGAGUAAGAGAAUUAGGAAUGAGGAAUCACAUCCCAUCAGAUCUUUAUUUUAAAUGGGUUUAUGAUCGAGUGGUUGAGCAUGGCAUACCAUAUCCAUCUGAUACUCCUAUAGUUCCAAGGAUUACUCCUCCCGCCGUUCAUGUGGAAGUAGAACCCUAUGUGCCCGCUCCUAACGAAGACCUUGCUGCCACCAUCGCUUGCCUAAGACAAGAAAAAGCUGAUUUGGAAAAACGCUUACAUAAAGUGGAAGAAGAGAAAGCAAUAAUGGCGGCCAAUGCCAAAGAGCGUGAUAGCAUGCUUGAUUAUUUUUCCCGCAAGUGGAAGAUUGAAGACUUUAUCUCUCCCGAUCAAAUACAAUCAUGGGAGCAAGAGAUCGAUAGACUUGUCCAAGAGAGAAACAAGAUGAUUAAAGCUCACAAGGAAGAGAUUCGAAGUUUGAAGAGAAAGCGCCGACUCGAAGACUGA